AUGGCGCUCAGCGGCUGCAACAAAGCCUGGUCCCAGACCAGCCAGUUCCUUCAGGAGGAGGCCAAGAUCGAACUCACAGCCUUCUUCCAAGAUCCUCGUCCGGAGGCUGUGCGCGUACUUGUCAUGCGCCAUGCCAUGGGUGCCCACAACACCUACGCAGGCAUGGGAAGCAUCGUGAGUGAGGAUGCGGAGAUCAACGACUGCGGCAAGGCCCAAGCAGAGGCGGUCGGAGAUUGCCUGCGCGAGGCAGGAGUGCUGCCUGCUUUCCACAUGGCGGUCGUCUCGCCUUUCACGCGAACGUUGCAGACGGCGCGGGCUGUGCUUGGUCCGGACAUUGGUGCCGAGGAGGACGAAGCUGAGGAAGAACGUCAAGCACGAGCCCAGCAUUACGGCUAUAGUCCUGUGUCUCCCAAAAGCCCCUGUCGGCCCACCGGCCGCCUCCCACUUGUCGUGAGCCCUUUAUGCGCGGAACAAACCUUCGUGCAUUCUCACCUGGGCCGCGGCAACCGGGGGACCACCAGUGCCAUGCUUCUGCGCCGCCGCGAGUUUCGAAUUUUCGACUUCCGGGAUGUAGACACCUACUGCAUCACCCGACGUGUGGGCGCAUCGAACACAGAUCAUGAUGGCAAGUGGUGGCACCACGGCCCUCACUCUGAGGAAACUGCGAGCUCCUUCCGGCGACGGGCUGGACGCCUCAAGAAGUGGCUCGGGCGCUUGCAGAUCACUUGGGGAUGGCCGCUGAACGUGCUGAUGAUCACGCACGGCGGAAUCAUGCAGACGGCUUUCAACUACCAGCCGCAUCCGCCAAACUGCGCCUUCCGCGUCUAUGACGUGGGGCAAGAUGGUCGCGCGUGGCACGUGGCCUCCGAGGAGGUGAUCGAGAGUGAGUUUCCGCUGGAGCCCGUCUUCGAGGUCCUCUCGGUUGUGCGCUUGCCCACAAAGGUAUCUGGGCAGACGAUGCAUAAACUAGAGCUGUCUGUCGGAAGUGAGGUAUUCUUCACCGAGCUGAGUGAGAUAGUUCUACGCGAUCAGCUGCACGCGAAGGUGAAGGACGGCUUCAGCGAGGAGCUGUACGAGAAAUUCAAGCUCUCGGGCCUUUUUCCCAGCUGGUGGUCCUGGCUGAAUCGUGCGAGGGGCGACCUCUCGAUCUACAUUCAGGAUUAUCUGGAACAGCUUGCCCUCGCGAUGGCAGAGCCCGGUUUUCCUGAAGACAUCUACGAACUGGUGGACAAACGUUUGCUGGAGGGCCGCCUCCGGCGCCUGCGCGAGUCAAACCAGGAGCCAGGGUCAGAAGCCGGCUGCCCUUCUUUCCAAGCGCUGGCCCCUUGUGAGGGAGGGCGCGUGGAAGGCGCAAGGCUUGGCCAGCUGCGGUCGUGGUCGGACCCCGUCCUCUGCGAGGACGGCUCGGCCAAAGCUGCUGGCUCCGCUUGUGAGCUGCCAAGUCCCAGCAAGGAAGGUCGUGCCGAUUCCGAGGAAGCGGCGCGAGAGCGCCCAAGUCUUCUGCGGCCUCGCUCGUCGUCCGACCCUGGCCUGCCGCAAACUCAGGAGAUGGGAGCUGUUUCCCCACUUCCGCGCUCUUCGCGGGAUGCUGAUGCUGCGGGGCCACCACCGGUUCUGGACUCCACAACAGAGGCAUCAGGAGAAGAGCCCCCAGAGCCCCCAGAGCCCCCAGCCUCAGAAGGAGAUCCAGGAUCUUCACAGGAUCUGCCAGCAGAGGAUGGAAGUCCAAGCGAGCACUGCUCUUUGUGUUAG